UUAAAAAUUUCACAAGUGUUUUUUUUUCAUAUCUCUAAGUGAUAAAUGCAGUAUACUUUAUAAGUGAAGGACUGAGGGGAAAUCCCAAAAUAUCUUGGACAUACUUUGUUGUUUUAAUAGAAUAUCUUUCUUCAAACAAGAUAUAUAACUUGAACUAUUUUUGUAAUUAUAGGAGCAUUCUGCUAUCGUUUAUAGCUUUUCCUCAUUGCUCUCGUAAAUUAUGAAUGCUGUUUGCGUAAAUGCAAAUUUCUCUGGGGAAUAACUGCAACAUCAAUACAACUGGCAUACUUAUUGAAGCAUAAUAAGAUGUUUACGUUUAACACGAAAUAUUUUGAAAAUACUUUUACUAUCUUCUCAUAAUGCUAUCAAUGUUUUAUGACAUAAAAUUUUCAGAAGAUGCAGAAAUAAAUAACGGGUUUCGAAAAUCGGAAGAUACAUGAUGCUUAUCAGAAGAAAUAUGUGUUUGAAAACGUUGCUUUUCACACGAAAAUUUUCAAAGAGCGCAAAGGAAGUAUGGGAGAAAUUCCUGCUUAAUAGUCAUAGAACAUCGCUUAAAAGAUUUAUCCAGAAUGAUCGGGACGUGACAAAUGUGAUCUUAAAAAACACUGAAAUGACUCGCAAUCAUCUGACUCCAGAACUAAAAUUAUUCUUACUAACAGAGAAUUCUCCUUUAUAUCACGAGCCAUUCAUUGAUAAAUAUACAAAUGGAAUAUUUGAUUCUUUGACCAGGAAUGUAUUUCAAGAUCCAUUUUGGUCUAUUUAUUGGCCUGGAGGCCAAGUACUUACGAGAUUCAUUCUGGAUGAAAAGGAAAGAAUUUUAGGCAGCAUGACACAAAAUGUGAAAAAAGAUAUAAUAAGAAUACUGGAUUUGGGUGCGGGAUGCGGCGCUGCGGCGAUAGCUGCAAAAUUAAUGAAUGAAACGUGCAAAAUUGUUGCAAAUGACAUCAGUAAAGUCGCCUGCACAGCUAUUGCGAUGAAUGCAAUAUUAAACAAUGUGGACAUUGAGGUGUUGUGCGAAAACUUGUUAAAAAAACCACUAGAAGAUUCAUACGACGUGAUUUUUGUAGGUGAUUUAUUAUAUGACGAAGAAAUAGCGAACACUUUAGUGACUUGGUUGGGAGACGCACAUGAACGAGGUGCACAAAUUUAUCUAGGAGAUCCAGGAAGGCACGGAUUAAAUGAAACUUUCAGAAAACGAUUGAAAUUGAUACGACGAUAUUCCUUGCCUGAAAAUAUCAAGAAGGAAAAUUAUGGUUAUGAUAUGGCCAUUGUGUGGGAAUUUAACUAAACUUGAACAACCUUGGAAUUACAUACAGGAUAAGAAACGUUGUAAAGUU